AUGUGCAAAUCGGAGUACGCUAAGCAGCGGCGGGCGACAGCCGAUCAGGAGCUCUCAUCCGCGGGGAAUGGUUCGGGAGGAUCGAACCGUGCCUCCACGUCCACGGUUGACCCUCCUCCGCCCGCACGUCGCUCUCGGCAGAGAGAUAUCCGUGACAUGACGGAUACCAAUGCGCAGAAUCGGCUAGAUUACCUGUGGGCUGCUGCAGUUGCCGAGAACGACCUCGCCUUCAACGUCAGCAAGUCGAAGUCAAUCCAAGCCUUCGUUGACGCGGCGGUCGUGUACGGGAAGGCGUACACCCUCCCUACCCCCUACAAGGUAUCCGGCCCGCUGCUCGACAAGCUGAAGGCGGACACGGAGGAUCUUGUGCGGCCGAUGAAGGAGAGCUGGAAGACAAGCGGGUGCAUGCUCUCCGUGGAUGGGUGGACAUGCAUCAAAUCCCGCGGGAUGGUCAAGCUCUCCUUGGUGAGGCCGGGUGCAACGAGAUUCGGCACCCAGGUCAUCAUGCUGGGCAGGUUCCUGGAGGUGAAGAGGGCGUUGAGGGCGAUGGUAAUCAGUGAAGAAUGGGAGGAGGUGACGGUGGCACGGACGGAGGAGGGGAUGGAGGUUAGGAAGCUCCUUUUGGAUGAUGUUUUUUGGGACUGUGGGACGGCGGUGCUCCGCCUCAUGACUCCGAUCUACGAGGUUCUUCGAGCUGUUGACACACGGGCUCAAGUCAUGGGCCAAAUCUAUGGCCUCAUGCUUGAGGCCACGGUCAAGACAACCGAAGCGGCUGAGGUGGCUGGUAAGUGGCUACACAACUGCCUGCACGCCAUGGGGUGGCUUCUCAACCCCCGUAACCAGUACAUGGAGGAGGUAAAACACGACCCAGAGAUUAGGAAAGGGGCGGAUGAGGUAAUUCAAUCCCGGGGAGGGGAUUUCUCACAGCGCAUAACGCUUGCUGCACAGCUGGCUCAGUAUCACAGAGGGGAGGGCCGGCUGGGCUCUGAUGAUGCUCGUUGGGCAGCAAGGACCUUGGUGGAGGGGGGGCGCAUGACGGAUGCGGAGUGGUGGUGCCUGUUUGGUGGGGAAGUGCAGGCGCUCCAAGAGCAGGCUGUGAUGGUGCUGUCACAGCCAGUCAUCUCCUCUGAGGUGGAGCGGAGGGCCCGCGAUGCUUUUGAUCAAAAGGCAGCCGUGCGGGCACGGCUCUAUGCGGACCUGGGCAACAGCACGCUCAAGGAAGGGUGUGCCAUCAUCCCGGCCGAGUCGGAGGACGAGGAAGGGGAGGCUGAAGAGGAGGAAGAACCCGUGGAGGAAGAAUGCACCAUUGAUUGGUCGGAGUUUGGGAACAUCGGCAGGAAGAGGAAGGGGAAGGCGGGUGAGUCAUCAAAGGGGAAGAAGGGGAAGGGCAUCGGUUCAUGCAAGGGAAAGGGGAAAGGAAGAGCACGGGAUGAGGAGGCGGAAAAGGAGGCGGCAGACAGCAGUGGGGAGGAGGAAGAACCUGUUAGGAAGAAUCCCAAGGGACGAGAUGCCUGGGAUUGCAGCGAUGGUUCAAGUGGGGAGGAGGAAGAGGACGAGGAGGAGGAGGACGAAGAAGAGGAGGAUGAGUAG